CGAUUCACUAGUCUCAUCGCUUCUCUACCACCUUUAUAUACUGUAGUUCGGAUAAAAAUUAAUAUUAAUUUAUAUAUUAUAAAUGUACCAAUAAUUAUGAUAAUUUGAGCAAGACAAGGCUUUCUAGUGCAAAACAUUUUCGUCGGCAGUAAAAGGAGACAAGAGGAGUAGAGCAAAAGGGCAAAAUCUCAAGAUGGGCAGGACAUUUUCGUUUGUAAUUUCGCUGGUUAUCAUGAGUGUUAUUGGCACACGCGCCCAAUUGGACAUCGAUCAGCUCCAGGCGCAGCUUCCCGAGCAAAUUAGCAUGUCGAACUUCUCGUACAAUGAUGCCAGGGAACUGUUUCGCAACAAGUGCAUCGAGGUAGCUGGCGAGGAGGCCGGUGGCCAGGCGUUUGCGGAAAUUGAGACCGGGUUUGCGGCCCUCAGCGAUUGCCUGAACGGCAUCGUCAACCUGACGGCGAUGCAGCAAGAAAUCCAGGAGGCGAGUCCCAAGGGAGAACUCGACGUGGUCUUCCACAAAUACUGCAGCAAGCGAAGGAACGCCGUCGAGUGCUACGACCAGUUCACGGCCAAAAUCCUUCCGUGUUUGGUCGAGGACGAGCGCGAAGGUCAAAACGAGGUUAAGCGGAUUAUUGAGAGCGUGCUGAAUUUCGUUUGCUACAAGGACGGCGAUCAGAGUGCCCUCUUUCUGGCCGAAAAGGGUCUCGAGUGUAUCGAAUCGCAAAAGGACAACAUCCAUCAAUGCGUAAACAACACUUUUGCUGAGUAUUUGAACUUUUCGGACCAGCAGAACAAUCGUAUUAAGACGAUUCCCAAACUGACCGUCGGUCAAAAGCAAUGCGACGAAAUGCUAGCGCUGCAAUCCUGCGUGGUCAGCAAAUUGGAGCAGUGUGCGAACAUUACGCCGGCCAAUCUCGUCGAGUCCAUGUUUAACUUUAUUAGAAACCAAACGUUGUGCCGCGAUAACCAAAAAUCCCCAUUGGUCGCUGCAGCCGCCAGCGGAAGUGGAGGACUGCAACAAUGGCCCUAUAAUUCAAUUUAUUAUUUUGGUUUUUGUUUGCUCAUUUUGGGAUUUGUUUAUCAGAAAUCCGGUUAGUUUUAAGUUAAAAAGUUUAUGCUCGAAUGCAAGGCCCUUUUUCAAUCUCUAUUCUUACAUUGAAUCUCUAAAACUUUUCGAAUGCUUUCGCUAUCCUACUAAUCCAAAGGCACGGUAAUCACUAUUUUGAAGCUUUUGCUAAUUAUAUAUCUGUGGAACAGGUGUUCAUAGUUCAACCGCUUUGAAAGUACUAUACACGAUUUUUUUUUGUUUUUUAUUAUACAUACAUAUGUAAUUUAUUGCCAAUACUUGUAUUACCGCAAUUCAGCGAAGAUAUGCGAUUACUUUUAAGCUUGGCUAUGUCAUGCGAGCAUUUCAAUGCUCUAUCUUUAUUCAAUUACAUUAGGGGGCUAUUCUGAUUCGAGUUAGGUUUGCUUUAAAUCUUGUAUUUCACCAAGGGCAAAUGGUAGUAAUCUCUAUAUUGCAAUGUGGAUAAUGUACGGGAUCAGGAUAAAGGAAAUACUCUAUUUUAUGAAUAUGAACAAAUGUUGAAAAUAUUUUGUAAAUGAAUAUACGUAUCAUUCUUGUAAAAAAUAAAGUGAUAUAUUUAAAAAUAAAUGUAUUUACUAUCUGUAAUGAUCAUUCCUAAAUAAAGGGUAUAAAGAUAAAGAAAAAUACCAAGAAAAUUAAA